GAGCCUUGCUUCCCUGCUGUAUAGUCAGAUGUCGCUGUUGCUGCUAAGGCAGCUGAUGUGUAUGGCCUGGAUCUCGUGAGGGUUCUUCCAAGUCGCGGAAUUUUGGAUUGCUGGCAAAUAUGAGGACUUUAUUACAUCGCCCCCUGGGCGUGGGCCUGCUCCGGGGUCAAGUCUGUCAGCAGAAGCUGCAGAUCAUCCAACAAAAAUGUUUUCAUUUGUCACCCUUGGCUUCUGCUGCAAAGAAAGUGGCCAUGAGCAAGUUUGACCACUCGUCUUACUUGCCCUACGAGAAACUUAUGAAAAACCUGGAAGUCGUCAAGAAGAGGUUGGACAGGCCCUUGACAUUGUCAGAGAAAGUUCUCUACUCUCACUUGGACGAUCCAGCCAGUCAAGAGAUCGAACGAGGACAGAGUUACUUGAGGCUACGCCCAGACAGAGUUGCAAUGCAGGAUGCAACUGCCCAAAUGGCAAUGCUGCAGUUCAUUUCAUCAGGUCUUCCCAGGGUGGCUGUGCCUUCUACCAUUCACUGUGAUCACCUCAUUGAAGCUCAGGUUGGAGGGGAGCAGGACCUAGCAAGAGCAAAGGAAUUGCAUAAAGAAGUCUACAAUUUCCUCAGUACUGGAGCUGCCAAAUAUGGUCUUGGGUUUUGGAAACCUGGGUCAGGUAUCAUUCAUCAGAUCAUCUUGGAGAAUUAUGCCUUCCCAGGACUCCUCAUGAUUGGAACAGAUUCUCAUACACCAAAUGGUGGAGGCUUGGGAGGCCUGUGCAUCGGAGUCGGCGGAGCCGAUGCCGUGGACGUCAUGGCUGAUCUCCCCUGGGAACUCAAGUGCCCAAAGGUCAAUGCUGCAGUAGUGACGAAGCAGAAGCCUACAGCACUAAGGAGAAAAGUAUUGGACAAGAAUGUGCUGUACUGGAUGAUGUCUGAUGUUAUAGGUGUGCACCUGACAGGGAAGCUUAGUGGCUGGACAGCACCCAAGGAUGUGAUCUUGAAAGUGGCUGACAUCUUGACUGUGAAAGGAGGCACUGGUGCCAUAGUUGAAUAUUUUGGAGAUGGUUUAGACUCCAUCUCCUGCACUGGAAUGGCAACAAUCUGCAACAUGGGUGCAGAGAUUGGAGCCACGACAUCAAUCUUCCCAUACAACAGCAGAAUGAAGUCUUAUCUUGCUGCAACAGGAAGAAAGGAUAUUGGAGACAUGGCUGAUCAAUACAAGGAGCUCCUAAAUGCUGAUCACGAUGCUCCAUAUGAUCAGGUGAUUGCCGUCAACUUGACGGAGUUGGAGCCACAUGUAAAUGGGCCCUUCACACCAGAUCUUGCUCAUCCCAUUCACAAACUGGGUGAGCGAGCCAAGAAGAGGGAUUGGCCCCUGGACAUCAGAGUUGGACUGAUUGGGAGCUGCACAAACAGCAGUUAUGAGGACAUGACAAGAUGUGCUAGCAUUGCCAAGCAGGUCCUCAGCCAUGGACUCAAGUCUUCCAUACCUUUCACUGUCACCCCAGGAUCAGAGCAAAUUCGGGCUACAAUUGAGCGGGAUUCCAUCGCCCAAAUCCUGAGAGACUUUGGUGGAACAGUGCUUGCCAAUGCAUGUGGUCCAUGCAUUGGGCAGUGGGAUCGAAAAGAUGUGAAAAAGGGUGAGAAGAAUACAAUUGUGUCAUCAUACAACAGGAACUUCACUGGAAGAAAUGAUGCCAAUCCAGCCACUCAUGCAUUUGUGACCUCACCUGAAAUGGUGACAGCCUUGGCUGUCAAAGGCAGAUUAGACUUUGAUCCCCGCAAGGACAAGCUCUUCGACAAGGAUGGGCAUGAAUUUCUCCUGGAAUCACCAUAUGGAGAUGAGCUACCAUCAAAGGGAUUUGAUCCUGGAGCAGACACCUAUCAGGCACCCCCUCCAGAUGGGUCAAAACUCCAUGUUGAUGUUGACCCCAAUUCACAACGUCUGCAACUCCUUCAGCCCUUUGAUCGAUUUGUAGGAGACGAUCUGAAAGACAUGCCCAUUCUCAUCAAGGUGAAAGGGAAAUGCACCACCGAUCACAUCUCAGCAGCAGGUCCUUGGCUCAAGUAUCGAGGACAUCUGGACAACAUCUCCAAUAAUGCUUUCAUUGGGGCUAUCAAUGAAGAAAAUGGGGAAGCCAACAAGGUCAAGAGCCAGGUAACUGGAGAAUGGGGCCCUGUGCCAGAAAUUGCACGUAAAUACAAAGCCAAAGGAAUCACAUGGUGUGUUGUUGGUGAUGAUAACUAUGGGGAGGGUAGCAGCCGGGAACAUGCAGCCCUGGAACCCCGCCACCUAGGAGGAAGGGCCAUAAUUGUCAAGAGCUUUGCUCGCAUCCAUGAGACCAAUCUCAAGAAACAAGGUCUCCUUCCCCUCACAUUUGCCGAUCCCCAUGACUAUGACAAGAUCAAACCUUCUGAUCGCAUCUCCCUCAUAGGCCUUCAUAAACUCCAGCCUGGGAAGCCUGUAAGCUGUGAGAUCAAGCAUGAAGAUGGGAGCAUGGAGAGGAUUCAAUUGAACCAUUCCAUGAACAAGCAGCAGAUCGAGUGGUUCUAUGCCGGCUCUGCAUUAAACCGCAUGAAGGACCUCGCUCUAGAAAAGUAACUUAAAAAUUAUAUUCUCUAGGUUUCUGUUACUGCUGUAGUUUUAUAGUGCAUAGAAGUUUUUUAUUUUGUGAUGUAGUGAAAUUAAUAUGUGCUCUUGUAUCCGUAACUGCUUCAUAGUGCAUUUCCAUCAUGCCCUUUCCUGAGAAAAAAACCACUGCAUUUGAAUGACAAAUCAUUUCAUAAUGUAUGAAUUGUUCAUCCCCUGGCCCACUGCAUAUUCUAUUGCCUAUUCCUCAGCAAUCAUCCCUACCUAUGGGCUGAUGGGUAUUGACCCCCAGCAUGAACUCCAUCUUCUUCUUUCACUUUCCAUUCUUCAAGUCUCACCCACCUUGAUGGAUUUCUUGUCUAUAUUGGCCUUCUUCCUCUUGAUCUUAGGAAGAAAAUGCCAAUCUCUGAAUAACAAAGUGGCCCUACUUUCCUGAAUAAUGGAGAUCCACCACUUGACAUAGAGAAUAGAGGAACUUUUUAACAUCUGAUUUCCAUCUCUUACACCAGAUGAUGCCUCUAGCAGGGCGAUGGGAACUUGUCUGUUCCAGGAUUUGCCUCAGACGCGUCUAUAUGGAACUCUGGUGAACUUUUCUAAAGUUCCUCUACAACUGUUAUGGUCAGAAAUCUAGCAUUUUGUCACAUUAAAGGGGGUAUAUAAGGUCCUCUUGCAUUCACUCGCUCAAUACAUGAAGUUGUACUGCACUGUAUAAAACUUUGAAAAAAAUCAAGAGUUUCAUCUUGGUUCGUCAGGGAUGGUUUAUGUAUUAGUAUUGCAAUAUGUCAAUAAUUAACUGAUGGUGCUGUUUACAGGUAUUUUGCACGUAAUUCUUUCAAAUUUUUUCGUGUCUGAGUUAUCCUUUUGUACUGUGAGGUUUCAAUAGUGACCUAGUAAUGACAAAAAUGUUGUAGCUAGGAAAUUGUGGUUGUGCAGGUAUCCUCUAAAUUAUUGGAAUAGGAUAUUUUGGUUCAUUUUAUUAUUGAGGAAGCAAUAUGUGGAGUCUUUGUACUUCAAUUAACUGCAAAUAUUUCCUCAAAAUAUAUGAAAAUGCCCUUAUAUACUCCCUCUUUUAUUUUACAAUGUAGUCUGACAGCAUGGAUAUUAGAAGUUGAUUUGCAUGUAGAUAAGGGCCACUUUUUUAUUUCCAUUGUCUUCUUUUUCCAUAUUUAUUUGCAUGUAGAUGAGUUGUAGUUUACAGCUACAACUGUCCAUGACCUGCAAGUGAAACAGUGGCCUGAUAUCCCUGUUAGAAUCAUGCUAGUCAAAACAGAUAUGAAAAUGGAAUGUCAUCUCAGUUUUGACUGUCAGUGUUCCUUGAAGAUGGGAAUGAAUUUUGAAUUAUUGUUCUGAUUGAAAUGAAUAGUAUUGCCUUCCAGCUGUUCA